AUGGAUGCUACUCAAACAGAAAAAAUAUAUGUUGCAGUUGGCUAUGAUGUGCUAGAUGGAUUUCAAACAUUGGAUUGGGCUCUCAAAAAAUGGAAUUCUCAUCCAAAUAUUUCUAUUAUCAUUUUACAUGUCAAAUACAACCCUUCCAAUCAUCAUGUUUAUACACUCCUUGGAAAACUCCCUGCAAAAGGAGCAUGUGAAGAGAAACUAGAACGUAUAAGGAACUAUGAGCAAAACAUUAUCAACAAUUUGCUUUCCAAGUAUAUAGCUUUAUGUGAUAAAGUUCCAGCUGAAACAUUUGAGGUUGAGAAAUUUGAUAAACCAAUGCAAAAUCUCACUAUAGAUUUGAUCCUUGGUCUUGGAAUAACGAAAUUGGUCAUUGGAUUUUCAUUCAUGAGACCUUCCAUGAAAUCGAAAGAUGCCAUGAACGGAUUGUUCUACGUUCAUCAGCACAAACCGGAUUUCUGUGAAUUGUUCAUUAUCUGCGGAGGGAAGCAAGUUUCACCGAGAGUGAAAAACGAUGAGAUAACCAUGGAGGAUGAUAGCGGCGUCAAGGUUGCCAAAAUGAGAGAUUAUAAGACGAAUUUUAAAGAUUGUAUAGUGAGAAUAUGUUGUGAUAAAAGUACUAUUGAUUCCAACCAAGGGUGUUCUAGCAGAUCAUCGACAAGUUCGGAGUCUCAGAUUGAUCAAAAUGAGUGGGAAUUUUAUAUCCGAGAAAUCGAUAAUUAUUUUCAAGAGUUAGUGUCCUUAAAUAUGGAGGAAGGAAUUUAUGGACAAGAUGAUGAUGAUUCUUACUUUAGUCCAAUUGAGCCAUUUGUCCAACAACUUAAAAACUCUCAUAAUAAGAGUGGUGCAGAGAAACUUAAGAUCCUCAUAGAUAAACUGAAUGAAGCUUAUGAUACAAUCCAAAUGAAAAGAAAAGAAGAAAAGGAGAAUUUGGAGAGACACGCAAAAGCUGAAUGGGCGUUUUAUAUAUCCAAUCUUCGGGAAGAAGAACUUGAAAAUCUAAAAAAUGAAGAAGUGGCAAGAAAGGAAGAGCUAAAUAAGGAACUAAAUAUUGAAAAAGAACAAAUUCAAAUAAUCAAAAUGGAUAUUGAAGAUAUCGAGCAAAGUCUUAGCUCAAUGGAAGAGUUACAACUAGAGCUUCAAAAUAAACUUCAUGAUUCCACAUUGGAAAUUUCAGAAUGUGAAACCGAAUUCGAGAACAUAAUGGCUGAAAGAACAAAGAUGUUAAUGGAAAUAGAGGAGCUAAGUAGACAAAGAGAUGUGUUGAACAAAACGAUUAUGUUUUUCAAAGAAAAAGAUGGCAAAGAAAUGUGCAAUAAGCUAACAGAGAAGAGUUGUUGUUUAGAAGAGUACACAGAGGAAGAGAUCAUCAUGGCUACCAACAAUUUUUCAGAAUACUUAAGGUUGACAUCUGGUAGGGAUUGGAGUAAUGUUUAUAGAGGAAACAUUAAUAACUCAGAUGUUACAAUCAUGAUGAUUGAUUCUACUUUUGCCUUGUCCCAACAAGAUUUCCAAGCUAAGUUGAUGUAUCUUUGUAAUAUUCGGCAUCCUCAUCUGGUCGCCGUAUUGGGCUUCUGUUCGGACCCGAAAUGCUUAGUUUUUGAAUACAUGCACAAUGGCACCUUGGAAGAGGCCCUACUUUGCAAGACAACAAGGGGCGUAAGCUAUCAAGAUUGCAUAAGGAUAGCCAAAGAAGUUUGUUCUGGGAUGGGCUUUCUCAAUACACUUCAGCCCAGGUCCAUCAUUCAUUGUCACAUUUCUCCAUCCAACAUCCUCCUUGACAAAAACCUUGUUGCAAAGGUGGCUGGGUUCGAGCUUCAUGGAUGCAACGAAGAAUGUAAUGUAAAGUCAGAUAAGAAGGCAAUAGGAGUUUUGUUGUUGCAUCUAUUGACUGGAAGAGGAAAUUGGACAAUCGAUAUGGAAGCUUUUUCUGAUGAGAUUGGUGAUGAAUGGCCAUUUGAUGUUGCAAGAGAAAUUUUGGAGUUAGCAAUAAGGUGCAUUUCCAGUGAAGAAAUGAUCAUAACAAGAGUUAUGAAAGAACUCAAUGAGAUCAAAGGAAAGGGUUGUGACUCCAUUAAAGUUCCUAACAGUUUCCUGUGUCCAAUCCUUAAGAAGGUAAUGAGAAAUCCGCACAUAGCAGCAGAUGGAUAUUCUUAUGAGCUAGAAGCAAUAGAAGAGUGGUUGGAUUCUGGAAACAAAAUAUCACCUAAAAGCUUGAGGCUCGACAAUACAUUACUUUUCCCGAAUCAUAACCUUCGUUCCCUAAUACAGUACUGGCAUAGUAACAUAUCAGCAACAAAUAAAAGAAUUAUCUAUUGA